AUGUGGGAUGUCAAUCUUUGUAUGACAUGGCCUGAGAAAAUAUUGGUUCCUUUCAAGUACUUUGGAAAUCCGAAAUUAUGGGAACCCUCUACAACAUCAGCAUCCUUCCCUUCUUUUCUCGAUUUGCCAGUCGAGAUUCAGUUUCGUAUUUACGAAUGUUGCGACGCCUCAACACUUUUCCAGCUCAUGCACACGUGUGCACAUAGCCGAAGUGAAGCAUCGAAGCUAUUCUGGGCUCAUCAAGACAUCUGGUACUACUGUCAGGAUGCUUAUAAAUUUACCUACCAAUAUCUGCACCCAAUUCUUCAGUUUUGUCCCGAGUUCGCAAGUCGGAUUGCACAAAUUGAAUUCGAGCUAGGCAGACUGGAAUUGGUAUUCCAAGCAGACAACGAAACCCCACACGCACGGCAGCAAAUGAACACAGUUGAGAAGGCUCAGAGUUUCUGGAGCAGAGUUCAACAAACCUUUCCUUCAAUUAAAAAGGUGGUGUUGACUGGGCUGUUGUCGCGAAUGGGUGCUCUGCCCCCUGACGACGAGUAUGAUGUUGCCUACUCUGCGUUAACGCUUGUUGUUCAACAAGCUCCGCCCAAUAUCAUUGUCUUUCUCGCUGUGGAAGAUAAUCGGUCAGGAAUCAGGCUUCCUCAAAAGCCCCACAGAUUGUGGCGGGUAGCUGCUGAUCUCAGGCCUUCAUGGCAAAUUGUGGAGGAGGAUUGGACCCCGAGUCGUAUAUUACUUCCACCAAAACGGUUUUCAACUUAUCCCCUUGGCACGUUUCUGACAUUUCUUUCGAACCAGGAACAGUCGGUGUUAGAAUCGAGAGGUUUGAGAUGGCUAAGAGUAGAGUCAUAUGCACGAUACGCAGUAGGCUCUACAAUCACAUGCCCCAAGUCCGACUGCGAUAGCACAUUCACGGAGAAAGAUACAUGGAGGCAACACCUCAAGGAUACACACCAUAAUGGAUACGGUUCUGGCCAAGAAGAUGAAACCAAGUCGCGCUUCUGCGAACACACUCCGGCUGAGUUCAAAACUGCUAUCGAGAAAAGACAAAACCGCGUUUCUGCAAGUUAUGAAGACGCGCGAGCCAUAUGGCGAAAGCUCCAUGAUGGCUGGGACCAGGAAGGUACUGAAAAGAGGAGGAUGUUUGAAGAGGCUUUUCGCGCUCAGCUACGCGAGGCAAACGCUUUCUCGCCUGGAGAGUUGGUGGAAGACACGUGUCCCUGGUUCGACACGUUUAAUAUGUAUUUCGAUUCGACGCAUGUUUACUAUAGUGGGAUCUCAGAUGUGUCCUCGCCUAACGUAGCUGAUGUAUAAGCGUGGUAGUGGGAUUUCCUAAUUCCUGAAUCUUCUUGGUAUAUUAGCUAAACCAAACGAUCGAGAGGAUUACUUCAAGCGGGAGUGGGUAAUAGAUACAGUCAAUUCAAGUUGUAGUUCUACCUGUAUGACCGCUACGCUGGUGUUGUCGCUCAGAAAUAAGAUUAUCAAUUGCUG